GAGUCACAGUGUGGUCACAUGAGGUAAAGGGAAGUUCUUUCACCCUGAAAACUUCUGCACGCCAGAUGUUUGGAGUCUGGCGAUAUGGCGACGAGUCCAAGCUUUAAUGAUUAUGGAGCUACACGGGGCGUUGAUAACCCUGGGUACAUGCCUUCAGAACCUGCAGGACCAGCCAUGAUUAAUGCCCCUGCAGCUCCAUCAGCGCCCCCUGCUGGAUUUUACGACACAGUGCCUGGGUAUGAGGGUACACUGGCUGGCGGAGGAGGAGGGUUUCUUCCUCCCCCGAUGCCCUCAACGCCCCUGCCUGCGGCGGAUAACCUCCCGGCCCAAUCCAGCUGGAAUAUAACCUCCAUUACAGAGGAAGCUGCGCGUGAGGCCUUUAUGAGCUACGCAUCCAGUAAAUGCUGUUACAGCUCUGCGCCGGCCCGAGAAGGAGUCAUCACCAACUUGGAGCCGUUCAACACCUACAGGUAUCGCUUGGAGACCUUUGCUGAGACGAGAUCUACUGAAUGGAGUCAUGAACCGUACACGGGCCAGCCUGUGGAUGCGUUUAUCCAGCCUGCUCCAGCACCGUGGGCGAUCACAGCCCAAGCACCUGCUUUCUUCCAGGAACAUACACAAAGCAUCAAAGUGCCAUAUACCUCCUCAAUCAAGAGCUGUCAUACUUGUCUGGGGAUGGGAAGAAAGCCAUGCAAGGACUGCGCAGGCUCUGGGAAUAAAGUCUGCUGGGUGUGUAAUGGGAGCGGGUUUCGCCACGGAACUGAUCGCUGCACUCACUGUCACGGUUUAGGAAGAGAAAACUGUACUUGGUGCCAUGGACAAGGCUCCCGUGAGUGUCAAACAUGCCGAGGGAAGAGACAGCUCUAUGUCUUCAUCAAGCUCAAUAUCCAGUGGAUUACUUAUAAAGACAGUUAUAUGGUGGAGCAGUUGAGCGGCCUCAAGUCAGAAAAUCUCAGUCAUGUCUCUGGCAGGGCAAUGUUCACGGACUCCCAGUACAUGCUUUACCCGGUGAUGGGUUUCCCCGACCCUUCCGUGAGCCAAGCGUCUGAGCGUUUAAUACAAGAACAUCAAUCCAAGUAUUUCCAGACUUCUCACAUUCUGCAGCAGCGUCACACCAUUGAGCUGGUCCCCAUCACCCGGGUGAACUAUGCUUGGAAAGGGAAGUCCCACUCUUACUUUGUGUUUGGGACUGAAAACAUCGUGUACACUGACAGCUACCCGGCCACGUGCUGCUGCUCGGUCAUGUAAUCUGUCAUGUGAUUCAGUAUUUUUACCAGCUGAAACGCCAAAUGACACACAAUGUUGAUUAUAUUUACACUGGUGUAGUCUUUAUUGAUUCUCAGCAAAAUCGUGAAAGCCUGUCUUAGUAGGCUAUAGUUCAAGACAAUUCUCGUCUCAUGCUUUUCGUUAACACUUUGAAAUCUUUUCGAUUCUUGGACAUCGCGUCUGUUCCAUUACUUUUGGACCCGCUUGUUUCCACCCAAUACGUUCAAAUAUCUGAUCUAGCCUUUCACAAACUGUGGAUAUAAACCAUACAGAAUUCACGUGAUAUUUAAUUGCACGCAGCUCACCGAGUGCUCCAUCACAAACGGCAUACUAUCAAUCAAAAUCAUACUCCAUUGACUUUUAUGAAGUUAUGUACUAUUUUUAAAUAAUAUUGGCUGGUGUUGAGUGGUAUAUCAGAUAUAUUCCAUUCAGCUAGCAUGAUAUCCAAUAUAUGAUACACCACGAAAAAAAGCCAGCCACUAUUAUGAUUAUUAUACAUGCACAUUCCUUCUGGGUGUUCAGCGUGUCUUUCUCUUUCAAAAUUUUCUCAAAAUCUUCCGUAUUUACUGAAGGAAACCAGGUGGCCAUGUUUGUUUGUUUGUUUACAAAUUGUCACAAGCACUCACUAGUGCGGAAGUUUUAUGUCUACAACGUGUGUCAUAUCUUGACAACCAUGCAGUAUCGUAAACCAUAUUCAACACUCGUUUUCCAUUGGGUAGAGUGAUGUAGUACACGUAGAAUAAGCGAUAUGCUAACAAUAUUGCAUUCCAUCGAGCCAAAUGAAUGAAACCUGCGGGAAGGGAAUAGAACACAUUUUUAUUCCAUGGAAAAAGUGUCCUGUAUGUAUAAUAUUUCGACAUAUUAUGUAUUUAGCACAGUGUAUGCAAUUAGGGCCAUACCCUAUAACCUAUCGCUCACUUUUUUUUUUUUUUUGGCUUUUAAGAUGAGCAGCUCUAACCACUUGUAACAGAAAACCUGGCUCGUUUGUAAGCAGGUUUCCCAAAAGCAUCGUAGCACAAAGAUCAUUGUUAAAUGGUAGCGCGAGCAUCACAAUGAACACACACUCUCCUAGUUAAGAUGCUCUUAGCGUUAAGAGGCUUUUGGGAAACCCACCUCAGAUCAUUUGGCUCAAUUCACCAAGAAGAGUCGACUCUUUUGGCUCCGAAAUGAAUCAUUCCCAUAUUUUUGCUCAAUAUUUUAACCAGAGAUUGAUUGGGGUUUUUUUUGCCUAAUUAUGACUCCAAUUGUUAUAAAAACAUUACCUUUUAAUUAACAAAAUGACUGCCUUGUACUGUGUUUUGUAAAGUCCACUUAAUUAACUGUAUCAGCAAAGGUUGUUUUUUUUUUAAUGGAAAAAUAGUGUAGUAACGGUUUUGUGCUGCUGUAGCUGUGCUGCAUUUCCAUUUAUCCUGAAGCAUUUUGAUUUAAAAUAUAUAUAUAUAUUGCCAAAAGUAUUCGCUCACCUGCCUUGACUCACAUAUGAGCUUAAGUGACAUCCCAUUCCUAAUCCAUAGGGUUCAAUAUGAUGUCAGUCCACCCUUUGCAGCUAGAACAGCUUCAACUCUUCUGGGAAGGCUGUCUACAAGGUUUAGGAGUGUGUUUAUGGGAAUUUUUGACCAUUCUUCCAGAAGCGCAUUUGUGAGGUCGCACACUGAUGUUGGACGAGAAGGCCUGGCUCUCAGUCUCCGCUCUAAUUCAUCCCAAAGGUGUUCUAUCGGGUUGAGGUCAGGACUCUGUGCAGGCCAGUCAAGUUCAUCCACACCAGACUUUGUCAUCCAUGUCUUUAUGGACCUUGCUUUGUGCACUGGUGCACAGUCAUGCUGGAAGAGGAAGGGGCCAGCUCCAAACUGUAAAAACAGUCUGCACGCCUAGGUGCUUGAUUUUAUACACCUGUGGCCAUGGAAGUGAUUGGAACACCUGAUUCCGAUAAUUUGGAUGGGUGAGCAAAUACUUUUGGCAAUAUAGGGCAUUGUAAUUGCAUGGUGUACAUUGAAAGAAAGAAAGAAAACUUGUACUAUAUGCAGGUCGGCUCUGAAUAGUCACCUUAAAAUUUGACUCAAAGAGUUAAAUGUUUCCAACCACUUUUUUUUGUUUGUUUGUUUAACCAAAAUGCUCAAUUUUCAGCCCUGCAGUUCAUCAGGAUUGUGAUUAAUUGGCCUAAAUGUGCGCACACACGCACUCACUCUCACACACACAUUUGUUUUACGAUCCUUAAAAUGUGCAUGCUGUUAAAGGCGUCGUGCGGUAAUUUCAGCAAUCAGGCUAUAUCAUGUGUCAAAAUGUCAGGUUUGGUGGGUUAUUCAAGCCCCUCGGUUUCCCGCGAUCUCGGUGUCACGAUGCGCCCGCUACAAGCAUUUAAAGUUGACGCGCACAGCCAAAUUUAGGCAGCCAGCCGUUAACUAGGUCAACUUAUGUGUGACGUCAUACCAGUAACCUCCCUUGGGUGAUGCUGGCCUGUCGCCAUGUUUUCUCUAUAGCGUGCGUUUACCAGAGUUGUUUGCAUUGCGGAUUUUGUGGAUUUAUUCAGUUUGUGGAUAGUUUUGAACACUCAAAACACUAUGAAAUGAUGUAUUAAUAUUCUGUGAUACAAAAUGCCUAAUCGGUGUAUUGUGUUUGGCUGUAACAACGAACACUGAACACUAUUUGUGACUGUUAUCAAUGGAUCUGAUUUCAAGGUCAUGGCUAGGUAUUGAUAGAAAAAAAAAUGUUUAAAACACAUGUUUUAAGUGUUUCUAUGUAUCAAUCAUUAAUUGUACAAAAUGAUUUUCAUACAUUUAUGUAUUUGUCAUCUUUUUGUCACAUGAAGUGUUGUCUUGAUAACAUAUGUGGCACAUAAUUUUAGCAAAUGGAUGACAGAAGAUUAAUUGAAAGAUUUAUGCCACAGAGCUGCCUUUAACUAAUAAUUAUCACUUAUUACUGACGAUUGUACGUUUACUAAACAAUACAAUACAAAGCUCAAUACUCCCAGCCUAUAACAUACUGAAUAUCAAGUUAAAAUCAACCGCAAUAAAAGGAAAAUGAUGAAAACUGGAAUAUCAAGGGGUCUACUGUAUCAGAAGGCCCACUGCAUUUCGCGAGAUCGCAAGCUGUCAAGUUGCUAGAAUUCAAUCUUUCUAGCUAUACUUUCACCCCCUACAGCUAUCAGUAUUACACAUAAUCAUAGAUUAAUCACACAGCAUUCUAAUUCAAGUGAAAAUGGUCUUUAAAAAUACACACAAGUAGUGAUUUAGUCAGAGAAACCAACCAAAACAAGUCUUCAAGUCGCCGGUCUUCUUCUUCAUUCUCGUCUUCGUUUCUGUCGUCGUCAGAACUGUCCUCAUUUUCUUCUGAAGAUGAGCGCUCAGGUUCAAAUCUGUAAGGCUGGAUACCACCAGGACAUUCAGCUGUCAAAAUCUCUACUUGUGGGCCAUUUUCUUCUUCUGUAUCGGUAAAAUCAAAGCUAAUUUCCUCAGCAUCGCUCCUAUUUUCUGGUGUGUCCGCCAUUGCAACUGCACCGAGUGGUUACUGGUAUGACGUCACGCAGCUGUUCCAUUGACCGAGAGGGGGCGCUGCGAACGCGGGAAAUUUCAAGUGAUGGGCAUGACCAAAUAAGGACCGAUUACAACCGCGGGAAGCUUUUGAAAAAUCGACGGUCAAUUUAUUUCGAAUCUCGAAAGCAUUCUGGUGCAGAAUAAUGCGACUUUUAUCGCCACUGCGUGACCCCUUUAAAUCAUCUUGACAACUGGCACCACUCAUCCUAAUAGUAUUAUUACAAAUUAUACUUACCCUAUUAAUCAUUUGUGUUAAAUGUGAAUUAUUAGUUAUGUUAAUUGUUUUAUUAUAGUAGUUGCACACACUCAGAAAAUAAAGUACAUUAUAGUACCGCUAAAGAUACAACAGCUUGUCGCUGGAUCAGUCCCCUCUAAGGUACUUAUUUGUUCCCUUUAUAUACUGCUUGGGAACAUAGUUACCUUGAGGUCCAAUAAUGAGCCGUAGGGGGUACAUUAGUAUAGAUUGGACCUUGGGGGACAGAAAUGGACUCCUGCUGUACCCCAUUUCUGUCAGUGUAAUUAGUAGGUCCUAUAGAAUUUUUUGUGUGUGUGUACAUGUUGUCUCCGAUCUCUUAACCUGUGUAUUGAUUUGGGUGAUGCUUUUAUCCAAAGUGACCUCCAGAUGAGACAGGAUGAAGGUAAGCAUUUGAAGGGAAAGGUCUUGUUCACGAUCCAACAAUAUCAUUUUUGGGAUUUAAACUGACACAGUUCCAAUCAGCAGGUAAACGUUGAAGUAAUGAUGGCAGACUAACAACUUUUUUUUAUUUUUCCUGGAGAAUCCUUUGUUUUGUCAUUUAUACAUGUGUUUUUGUCAUCUAAGCAUGUCAGAGGUCACUACUGUUUAGCAGUUAUUCCACAAAAUCGAAUCGUACAUGAGCUGAUAACCAACAGGGCGCGUAGCACCGAGGUUGAGUGGAAUAACUGUUUUAUUCUGUCCACAUUCACUGGAUUUUGAGAAAACGGAGCCAUUAAUUUCCGCUUAGGAUGUAAACAAACCGGUGAAAUGACAGGAGCAAUUUGUGAAAAAUGCGAUAAUUCUUGAAAAAUAAAGACAUGUUCUUACCAUCAAAUACUUUCAUUCCAUAUUUUGUUGCGCCUUUUUAAAAAAAAUUUUUUUUGGGGGGGGGGGUUUGAGUAGAGUUUUUAUUUUGUCCUCGGUUGGUUCAGCAACACUCUCCACCAUUUUGUUUUUCUCUACUCGUGGUAUAUGAGCUGAUCUCCUAGUAUCUGAUUAGAGUAGCCAAUCGGAGCGUGCGAUUGCUCAUAUCCAGUGACUGUGGAUAGAAUAAUAGCACUUAUGCCACAGCGCUUUAAAUUCUCAAUCCUGAUUGGUCCAAAAACCCUGAUUUAUUUUUUCAGUCACAUAAAGCGUAUUUUGAAAAUUGUGUGUAAUUGUUGCUGUAGUGAAAUUUUCAAAAAGGAGAUUUUAUUUAUGGAAGGAGUCUCCAGUGUCGGUGUUUUGUAACAGUCAGAGAUAAAGCUGGAAGUUUUCAGACACAGGAAAACCUUGAGGACUGAGGAGUUUCUUGGAAACAUGAUAUACUGCAUUUAUUUUAUUUUUUCGUCUUAAAAAUAGUCUAGCCGUUAUGAUUAUAUCUGUGGUAUAUUGAUGUACAAUAGAAAUGAAGAGCUUCUGGAAUAUUAUCAAUUUCCGGGUGAUUGAAUGGUAAUUCCGCUUCAUCACACCACCAUUGAUUAUUUUCCUAUAACAGCGUGCCCAAAAUGAUUUAUCCCUUACUCCUGCCAUACUGAUAAUUGACGUUUAUUUUAGUGAAUUUUCUUCUUAUUAAAUGUAGUCUUCAUUGUGUAUGUAUGCGUGUAUUCAUGGAAAUCUUUUGUAAUCACGUACCAAUGAAUAAGAUUUCAUUUAUACUGCUGUUUUUUUGUACGUUAAUAAACAUUGUGCAUUUGUAUACUCUCA